CCUGUGGGCCCAGCUCGCCGAAAGCCUAAGAGCAGGACAUAUUUACAUGGGGUAUUAAUGAGUCUUUGAGAAACCGUUCACCCACGUGCCCGUGUAUUUGUCGGUAUCAGGAAUCUAGACACGCCAAGCCGCGACCCUGCAAAGAAACCAUCACCUCCACGCGGGAAACCCAGAGAGCUGCAGAGCGUCCCCCGGUGGCCGGGCAGGACCUUGGAUAGUGACCACGACCCCCCUCCCUACCCCCCAGCGGUUCCUGGGCUUCUCAAUGUCACGAGUAAAGAUGCUGCUGUUUUGUGUGCCCGCAGUCUUCAAAUUCUCGCCACCCCACCCCUCCUUAAGAAACUAGGACUGUCCGUGCCUGCUGUUUGGUUUUUUUUCUUCCAGAACGCCAGUAUCUUAUCUCUCAAGUUCAAGUUCCGAGGACUUGCCCAGUCUCCUCCCCUUCAAUCAUUUCUACCAUCCUCUGGCAUCCUCGGAAAGCUGGGGAUCCUGGGCUGCUGGUCCCAGUGCUAGCUUUGGCAGUCCCAGGCUGUCCGGCACAGCAGGCGCAUUCGCCUCUCUCUCUCCCAUUCUUCUUCCUCCCUUUUAUUCUUCCUUUCUUUCCACCUUUACUCCCCCCUCUCUCCCUCUUUUGCCCCUUAAGUUUCCUGCACCGUGAUUCCAACUGUACCAAGCCUAGGCUCUAGCGAACCAAUCCCGAGCGCGACCCGGGCACUGGACGCCGACUCCGCCAAGGCUGGAGGAGGCAGCUGGACCCAUCCUCGCCCGAGCAUGGAGACGGAGCUCCGGGGAGGGCACGUCCGGGGCGCUGGAGACGCCAGGCCCGAGUAGCUCCUCCAUGGAGCCUGCCCAGAGCGGUCACUGCUCGCCCGAUUCGCCUCCAGUCCUGUGCGGCUGCUGAGAGCGCUCCUUGCUCUGUAAAGUGGAUGUCAGGUGGAUCUAUGUUUUUGAAGGAACAAAGACUCAGCGAAGGCACCGCCAAGGAAGUUUGAGACGCGGGAGGAUGCAGGCUGCCUGCUGGUACGUGCUUCUCCUCCUGCAGCCCACGGUCUACUUGGUUACAUGUGCCAAUUUAACGAAUGGUGGAAAGUCAGAACUUCUGAAGUCGGGAAGCAGCAAAUCCACACUAAAGCACAUAUGGACAGAAAGCAGCAAAGACUUAUCUAUCAGCCGACUCCUGUCACAGACUUUUCGUGGCAAAGAAAAUGAUACAGAUUUGGACCUGCGAUAUGACACCCCAGAACCUUAUUCUGAACAAGACCUCUGGGACUGGCUGAGGAACUCCACAGACCUUCAAGAGCCUCGGCCCAGGGCCAAGAGAAGGCCCAUUGUUAAGACGGGCAAGUUUAAGAAAAUGUUUGGAUGGGGUGAUUUUCAUUCCAACAUCAAAACAGUGAAGCUGAACCUAUUGAUAACUGGGAAAAUUGUGGAUCAUGGAAAUGGGACAUUUAGUGUUUAUUUCAGGCAUAAUUCCACUGGUCAAGGGAAUGUAUCUGUCAGUCUGGUGCCUCCUACAAAAAUUGUGGAAUUCGACUUGGCACAACAAACCGUGAUUGAUGCCAAAGAUUCCAAGUCCUUUAACUGUCGAAUCGAAUAUGAAAAGGUUGACAAGGCUACCAAGAACACACUCUGCAACUAUGACCCUUCCAAAACCUGUUACCAGGAGCAGACCCAAAGUCAUGUGUCCUGGCUCUGCUCCAAGCCCUUCAAGGUGAUCUGUAUUUACAUAUCCUUUUAUAGUACAGAUUAUAAACUAGUACAGAAAGUGUGCCCCGACUACAACUACCACAGUGACACACCUUACUUCCCCUCUGGAUGAGGACGAACAAGGGGCUGAGACUGAAGCCUGAGGAAUUAAUGGUCAUAUGACAGGGCUGUUACCUCAAAGAAGAAGGUCACAUCUGUUGCCUGGAAUGUGUCUACACUGCUGCUCUUGUCAACUGGCUGCAAAUACGCUAGUGGAAAACAAUCUGAUGUAAUUUCUGCCCAGUCAGCUUCAUCUCUCAGUAAUAGUUGUAAAUCACCACAGAUUUUAAAGUCAUACUUGAGGACACACUCUCACAUGUAGAGGUACACAAAUACACACUCAUGCACAUCUCAGCUUGCAUCUAUCAUCUGUUGAGAGGGCUUUCAUUGUCUGACUCAUAAUGGUUCAGGAUAAACUAUCAUCAAACGAAAGGAUCAACUAGAAAAUGUUUCUAACACUCACCAUUAUGGAAAUCUCUUUUAAAGUCUUGAGUCCAUGCUAAUCAAUAAUCCCCACUCAUGCAUUCCUACUGCUUGGAGUAGCUGUACUGGUAAAUAACUACUGUAGGAGUAUAUGCUUGUUAAAAUGGAAAAAUGUGUCUUUAGAGCUCAGUAUUCUUUAUUUUAUGAACACAACAAAGUGUAGUAACUUUUUCCCAGCAUAUGGUAGGCACAUUCAAGGUGAUACAAGAUGGCUCUUUUUUUUUUUUUCUUUUUCCUAUGGAAGGAGCCUGUUUUCAGUAAAGAUGAGCAAACAUUUGGAAUUUACAUGUGGGCAGACAUUGGGAUUACAUCUUUCAUUGCCAGCCAUUGGACAUUUGCGAAGUUGAGACCAGCUAAGGCUGCUUAAAACAAGUUCUGAUCAUUAUAUAAGAAGGGAAAUGCCGGGCAGACACCAUGUAAGUUAUAAGUGUCUGUCUUAUCUUUACUACACAUAUUGUAACAAAUUCAAUAUCCUAGUCUUCAUUUGUAUGAAUGGUUUGUAUUGUACAUAGUUUAACCAAGUGUUCUUUGAGCUGCUUAUUAAUAUUAAAUUGUACUUGUCUCUCUGCUUGUUAUUGGUUAAAAAAGAAAAAAAAAGGAUAUGAGGAAAUCAUUUUAUCAAUGUAGCUGUGAACUCCAUUAAAAAGACAAACAAUGUACAAAGCAUUUAUUCAGCUCAAGUAUUGUUGAAAGCUAUACAUAUACAACAUUACACUGUCUGUAUUUAGAUAUUUUAUUUCUGGACAAAACAAAAUGUACAUAAAAAUAAAACACUUAAAUUUGAGUUUCAAUAUGCACUGUGUAAGAUGGUGAUUUAAAUGUUUCUGACAAGAAGAACAUGCUGGAAUACAGUCAUGGAUUUGCAUCUCAUGUCUUUAAAUUUGUAUAGAAUUAUCUACAUUGGUAUUAGUUGCCCAGGCAAAACUACUUAUUUCAAUAUCAAACCUGGGAAAUAAUUGUGGUAUACAGCAUUGCACACAUUUUUGGUUUUAUUGUCUUGCUAGUUAGUCAAGGAAAAAAAAAAAACCCAUCAAUGGACAUAGGAGAUAAUCAAGUUCUCCUAAAUUUAAGUAUAAGUAUUGAAUUUUUUACCUGUACAGAGUCUUUACUUAGCAGGAAGAAUGAAGUGAAGGCAAGUCAAGAUGUCUGAAGAUGGUGACUGAGAUUCCCUAAUUGAACUCAACUGAAAAAAUUGUGGGGGCAAUAGAGGGCUUCAGUCUUUAAUUUAUGUAUAGCAGAUGGGAUUAAGUUUUCUAUGUAACAUUGUUUUUGGACAUUAAGUUUUCUUAAAAAAAAAAAAACAACUAACUGCUAUACAUUACUCCAACAAAAUAAAGAGGUAACA